AUGUUAAGCAGAGUAGUCUGCCGCGCCAGCACCACCAUGACCAAUCCUUCGUCUGCCGCUAACGCAACUUUUCAGCCUGCGCCCUCUAUCGGCCACCAGAAACUCCUCAUCCGUCGCCAGAUCCGGAGUGUCCUUAAGGACAUCCCUCCCGAAUCAUUGGCUCACCAAGGUGCAGAAGUCUUGAAGCACUUGAGGAGCUUCAAGCAUUAUGUAGAUUCAAAUCGAGUGAGUUGUUACAAGUCAAUGCGUUCAGGCGAAUUACCGACGGAAUCGAUCAUCAAGAACCUGCUAGACACAAAGAAGAAAGUCUUCCUGCCGUAUAUCCAUUAUCCCUUAGAACCAGCCGACCAGAACAAGACGGGCUCGCAUCGGAUGGAAAUGCUGGAACUGGAGACAUGGACCGAAUUCCAAACCGGCUUAGUGCCCGUGUCGUUCUCAGCAUCCCCUUCUUCACCCCAAGUCUUUCAAUUUGAUCCGGCCAAGAUAUCAGGUCUUGAAAACGCCCUCACUGAAGGGUUAGAUUUGAUUUUAUUACCUGGCUUGGCUUUCGACCGAUAUGGGAAUCGACUCGGUCAUGGAAAAGGAUACUAUGAUGAAUACCUCAACGAGUAUGCCUCGGUAGCAUCAAGACCUCCAAUCGCUAACCCAGAUUACCGCGAAAAAGGAACAUCGGAAACGCGAGAAAAGAUGAAACCGCCGAUCCUGGUCGGCAUAUGUCUCCGAGAACAAGUGCUGCCCGAAGAGGAAUACAUUCCUACCCAAGCUCAUGACCGAAGAUUAGAUUAUUUAGUCUCGCCUGAUGAGGUGAUUCACCUUCAAAAAUGA